AUGUCUGAAGCUGAGCCACAAUGGGAGAAGCGUAUCCUUUCACCACAAGCAACCGAAGUAUACACUCGCCCGCUCCUUGCAUCAGAACAUUGGUGUGAUCAGACUAUGCUCCUGAUGGACGGCAUCUCGCAGUUUGCCUCAGGCGUUCAGUUUACUACCUCCAUCCCGAAAGAUGAGCUGGAGGCGCGUGUCAAGGAAGCUGUAAGCAGGCUACGGUUUGAGUGCCCGCUUGUAGGAGCCACAUUCGAGGCAGGCGUUCACGAUCCUGACCUUCGGUCUUGGAUAUAUGCUCCUGUGGAGAACGUAGAACAAGUGCGCAGCUGGGCCGACAAGAUGGUCUACUACCUUCCCGACUCGAUCGACCCUGCGUCAUUCCUCCAGGUUUUGGUCGAGAAGAAGAUUCCUUACACCCUUGCGGAUGGAACGGAGCAGUACCUUCGUGUCUUCGUUACGCGUCCAGAUGGUACCCUGAACACGUUCUGCCUCUUCCUCCACACUUCGCACGCUAUCAUGGACGCGAAACCGAGCCUCAACGUCCUCUCCCUACUUCUAGAGUAUAUGUCUACUCCGGGCCUGAUUGAUGUUGCUGAUCUCCCAUGGGGCACGGAGCACAAGAAUCUCCUACCGGGCGUGGUCACGGCGACCGGCGGUCCUCAUAAAGACUGGGAGGUCCAUGGGCCGGCUAUGCUUGAGAAGUUCCAGGCUUUCUUCGCAAAACCCAAGCCUUCUCACAGCCUCGCCUGCGAUACCCUUGAGCUGAGAAAUCCCGGGAAAUUGCAGCGAUUCGUGGUAACAUUUACCGCGCAAGAGUCUGCGAAGAUCGCCCAAGCUCUCAAGACCCUGGGUUUCACAUUCUCCGAGCUCAUUGAUGCUGCCACCGCGCUUGCCACGCUCGAGCUCAACCCCAUUCCAGACAACGAACUCGAGGGCGCUCACAUCGAUGUCGGCGGCCUUAUCGCUAUCAACGACCGCCUUCCGCCCAACAUCGAUCGCCGGAGACACAUAGUCUCCUGCAUGGUCAAUGCGCCUCUCGCGAUCUACUACGCGCCCCUUGCCAAGUUAACGGGAAAACCACGUCUGCUCGCCGCAAUGAAGCAGGCGAAGGAGCAGUACGAUGACUGGCUCGCAAACCCGUGUCUCCCACAUUUGGCGGCCGAGCUCGCCAGGCUUGCGCCCAUGAAGACGGCUUCGCCUCCCAGCCGGAGCCCGUUUGCGACGAACGUGACGAACGUAGGCCGGGUGGAGAAUUAUAUCGCGCCUGUGUGGCCAAGGGACGUCAAGCCUGGGGAGGUGCCAGUGUUCAGGGUUGAACAGAUGCAUCUCACAUGUCGAUUGACUUGGCCUAUGCCGUGA